AUGACGCCUCUCCGCUGUGCCAACGGCACCUCUGCCGCGCGAUCCUUUGUGCAGAUAGCCAGUCGCGGCUAUUCGACAAGCACAGUAUACGCCACCGCGCCCCUCGACUUCCUCGUCCCUCGUGGCGCUGCCCUCGUCCGCGGGCGGAUAGACAGCGCUCUCCCAAGGGCAUUGUGCUUGAGACCACGGUCACCCACAUUCUCGCCUCUGCCGGCUCCGAUACAGCGCUCCCAGAUUAGAAACUUUUCUGCCUCUGUUAUCCACAAUGCAACGACCUGUGUCCUCAAUCCGCAAAAGGACGAGGAUGGCAACGACAUGAUGCUGGAAAUCACCCCGCGGGCAGCCAAGCGUCUGUCUGAUAUCAUGAAGAAGGACGACAACCCCAACCUCGCGUUGCGCAUCCAGGUCGAGAGCGGCGGCUGCCACGGCUUCCAAUACCUCAUGAGCCUCGUCACCAUACCGACCGAGGGCGCCGAGGAAUGGUCCUCCGUCGUCAACGAGGACGACAGCAUUUUCCAGUACACGCCGGACGAAGCUGAGUCGAUGCCGAGCGCCAAUAGUGCAAGGAUAAUACUUGACGAGCCGUCUCUCGACUUGCUAAAGGGGAGCAAGGUUGACUUCACGACGGAAUUGAUCGGGUCGCAAUUCAAGAUUGUCGACAACCCGUACGCAACGAGCAGUUGCGGCUGCGGCACGAGCUUCGAUAUCAAGAUGUAG